GACUUCUCCGGGCAGGUUAUGUCACCGACGGAGGCUGCCCUGAAGCUCCCUGCGGCCCGGAGACUAUGUACAAGAGGAAUGGUCUGAUGGCUAGCGUGUUGGUCACCUCUGCCACUCCACAGGGCAGCAGCAGCUCAGACUCUCUGGAGGGCCAGAGCUGCGACUAUGCCAGCAAGAGCUACGAUGCCGUUGUCUUCGACGUCUUGAAAGUGAGUCCCGAGGAGUUUGCUAGCCAGAUCACGUUAAUGGACAUACCUGUGUUUAAAGCCAUCCAGCCGGAGGAACUAGCCAGCUGCGGAUGGAGUAAGAAGGAGAAACAUAGUCUCGCUCCCAACGUUGUGGCCUUUACCCGGAGGUUUAACCAGGUCAGUUUUUGGGUUGUACGAGAGAUUCUAACAGCACAGACUUUAAAAAUAAGGGCAGAAAUCCUGAGCCAUUUUGUGAAAAUAGCCAAGAAACUUCUAGAACUCAACAACCUUCAUUCUCUCAUGUCUGUGGUAUCAGCACUGCAGAGCGCACCCAUCUUCAGGCUGACAAAAACCUGGGCUCUUUUGAAUCGAAAAGACAAGACAACCUUUGAGAAAUUGGACUACCUGAUGUCCAAAGAAGAUAAUUACAAGCGGACCCGGGAAUAUAUCCGAAGCCUGAAGAUGGUUCCCAGUAUUCCCUAUCUAGGUAUCUAUCUUCUGGAUUUAAUCUACAUCGAUUCUGCGUACCCUGCCUCAGGCAGCAUCAUGGAAAACGAACAAAGAUCCAAUCAGAUGAACAAUAUUCUCCGAAUAAUCGCCGAUUUACAAGUUUCCUGCAGCUACGAUCACCUCACAACCCUGCCCCACGUGCAGAAGUACCUGAAGUCCGUGCGCUACAUUGAGGAGCUCCAGAAGUUUGUGGAGGAUGACAACUACAAACUGUCCCUCAGAAUUGAGCCCGGAAGCAGCUCUCCGAGACUGGUCUCUUCCAAGGAAGAUCUUGCAGGCCCCUCCGCUGGCUCCGGUUCUGCGAGGUUCAGCCGGCGGCCCACCUGUCCCGACGCGUCUGUGGCCGGUAGCCUCCCCACACCCCCUGUCCCGAGACACCGGAAGAGCCACAGCCUGGGAAACAAUAUGAUGUGUCAGUUGAGUGUAGUUGAGAGUAAAAGUGCGACAUUCCCGUCGGAGAAGGCGAGGCACCUGCUGGACGACAGCGUCCUAGAGCCCCGCAGCCCCCGCAGGGGCCUCGCCCCUGCCUCCUCCUCUGCCGUCACCAAUGGACUCUCCCUAGGCAGUAGUGAGAGCUCAGAGUUUAGUGAAGAGAUGUCUUCAGGGCUGGAAAGCAGGGGACGUCUCUAUGCCACCCUGGGGCCCAACUGGCGCGUUCCAGUUCGGAAUUCUCCCAGGACCCGGAGCUGCGUCUACAGCCCCACGGGCCCGUGCAUCUGUACGCUGGGGAGCUCAGCCGCCGUGCCCACCAUGGAGGGUCCUCUGCGGAGGAAAACUCUGCUCAAGGAAGGACGGAAACCCGCGCUGUCCUCGUGGACCAGGUACUGGGUCAUACUCUCGGGAUCCACCCUCCUGUACUACGGAGCCAAGUCCUUGCGGGGCACCGACAGAAAACACUAUAAAUCCACACCCGGCAAAAAGGUCUCCGUCGUGGGCUGGAUGGUGCAGCUUCCUGACGACCCCGAGCACCCCGAUAUCUUCCAGCUGAAUAACCCCGACAAAGGCAAUGUUUACAAGUUCCAGACUGGCUCCCGGUUCCACGCAAUACUGUGGCACAAGCAUUUGGAUGACGCGUGUAAAAGCAACAGGCCUCAGGUACCUGCAAACCUUAUGUCAUUUGAAUAAGUCUCUGCAGGACUUGGCGUGACUUCAGAGGCUUCUGGGAGCCCAGCCUGGGACUGGUGGCGAAGCGCACAUCCUGGGCACAGGCUUUUGGCCAGGGUGCUGGGUGACUCACGGCCGGACUCACGGGGACUCGGCCUGCGGCCUCACGGUCCAGAGGGCUCUGCCAGUGCAGGGUCCCCAGCGACUCUCAUGACACUCAUUCUUCAGCGCCACCCUGCAGGGCCGUGGUUGGGCCCCAGACUGUGCACCCCACCCUCCCUCUCUGGGCCCUCGUCCGUCCACCAGCUGCUGCUUCGAUUAGAGAGCAUCCGGCCCACGUUGGGUCCCCCGUGCUUUCUCCUGCGCAAGAGUGGACAGUGUUCACCUGCAUGAGGGGCCAGAGAGAAGGAACAGGCUAUGGAGUUGGCUUUUUAUACCCGAAGUGCACGGGGUCGCUCGCCCACAGGGCUGCCUCAGAUUUUGUACACCCCCCCAAGCGUCCUCUGCGUGUGCGUGCCGUGUACGUGUGCGUGCGAGCGAGUGUGAACUCUUCGAGAAACAUGCAUUUUGGCACAAGACGUGUGACAUCACACACUUCAUUCGCUUUGAGGCCCUGCUUCAACCUUACGUGGUAGCCUUGUCCACCGAGGAAGGUCCGAGUGAAAGCCCAGAUUGCUCCUAUGUGAAGGGUCCCUUGCAUUCUUUUACUGUAAACAAACAAUGCCUUAAAUCGUGUCUUGUUUUCUGUUCUUAUGGGUGCUAUUCAUCUGGAAGGCCUGCUGUCUGGGCCCUGGGGUCCCUUCCAGGCCUUGUUGCUGUUGGCUCUUCUGAGACAGGACCCGGCUUUAGGACCAUGGACUGGGCUGGCCUGCUCGCUCCCUCCCACCCCUCCCUUGCAAGGUCUGAGAGCCCCUGUCUUCUCGCCCCGGACCAUGCCAGAGAGGGGAGUGAUGACACUUCCUCCCAGCUUCCCCAGAAGCACUCGGAGGCCGCUGUGCACCAGCCUCUCCCGAGGGCCAAGGCUUGCGCCCAUCACCUACUGCCAAGGCGGUGCCCCGCUGGGAUUCCCGGUUACGCUGGGGAGCUGAGUGACUCUGAGGCCUUAAGCUCCCCCAGUCUUGCCCCCAAACGCAGUCACCAGCAAGUUCUCCACAUCCAAGUCCAAGGGCACAAUUGUUGAUGGUCAUGGUGACGAGAGCGCCAAGCCCUGGGGAGUGCACGGUCCCAGCUCUGCGUUCGGUCAAGAGCUCUUCACGCGAACAAUGUCCUUUUAUCUGUCACUGUUUGUCUUAUUUUUAAGUGACUUUUAUUUUGCACAAAUACAUUUUUAUUCAAAAUAAUGAAUAAACAUUAGCUUUAUUUAUGGUAGCUUUAUCCCCAUAGCUUCUCUCUCCCCUUCCCUGACUAAUCUGGGUGUCUGAAUUCUGCGAAGGAAGCCCUGACCUGCUUUUCUGAAUUCCCUGGGUCCUCUUUGCUGUCACGGCCUCAGAGCUCGCGUCAGACCAGACAUCAAACCACCCUUAAGGAUUUCUGGGCAAGAUGCUUCAAAACAACAUCUUACCCAGUAAACGGUGAUAGGGAGAUUUAAAAACUACCAAAGGACCCACCACUGUCUUUUGACCAAAUGGUGACAGCUUUUCUGAAAAUUCCAGUAGUUGCCAUCGGUGUCUUAUUUUACGGUCGAGACUUAGUGUGCUCAGUAACUAGCCCUCCUUUGGAGCAAAGUCUAGAAUACUUCUGUGCCGGGAGAGACCCCAGAUGGUAAAGUCGGUGCUGUCCAACCUUAGCCGUGAGCGCUCCGCCUGCCGGCACACAGCCAGGGUCCGGAUGCGCCCGCCUAAGGCAUACCAGUGACCACUCAAAUUAGCAUCUAGAGGCUGAAAGAAGACCCCAAACACUCCAACACCUCUCACCUAGAACCAUUCAGGUUAACGCUUUAACCUACAUUGAACCUGAUUCUACCUGUUAAGAUUUUUUUAAGUCUUCUGUGUGGAUGGAAGCGUAAGGCUAGAAAAUCAGCCACUUAUUUCCCUUGGGUUUCUCCACUCUUCAACUGUCCUGGUUCUUCUCACAUGAAAUGCUACAGAUGUCAAUCCCACACCCUCGGAAUUUCAGGCUCCACUAAAUCAGAUCAUUUUCUGCGCUUUAUAAAAUCUUCUCCUCUUUCACAAAUGUUUCCUUCUGAGCUGAAUUUGAAAUAGCACAAUUGCAAUUGUUUUCAAAAUAUCUUGUCUUCUCACCCAUUGAGACGAGUCCCACACCCCCUCCUAGAAACAUUCUUAGCUUGGGUUCUGGAAGAAUCUGCUUAGACCUUGUUGGCAAAGGCCUUUCGGACGGGUAAGAACCUGGAACAUACGGGGAAAGUCCUGGAGACGGGCCGAGAGGCGCCUGGGCUCUCCCAGCAGGGACUUGGGGCCAAGCACGUAAGCGCUGAUUGUGUUGCCAGCAUUGGUCUAUCCCUCCAGCAGCUGGUGAGGAGGCCCCCCCGGCUGGGACAGAAGAGGCCAGGCACACACCCCAAAAGGAAGAAGUCCAUGGGUGGAUUCUCACCCUGGAGGGAGACGUUUCUGGUUUUUGCUCCUUGACUGUCCAUAACGCACAAAUGUUUGUGAGACCCUUGCAUGCAUAUGCUGGAUUUUUUUUUGUGUGUGUGCAAAUAGGCACCCCAGAAUGAAAAUGACAGAAUGCUUUCUGCAAAUUGUGGAAUAGGUAGUUGGUUUCAUGCCCUCAUCUACCUCCCCCUGGGGAUAAUUUUUGCUCCUCUUGGUUGGAAUGUGUCUUAGAACUCAAGGUCAGCCAAGUGCAUCCUGAAAACCGAAAUGCUUCAUGGAGGACUGAUUCCAUGGGGAGCAGAAGAAAUAAUAUUCUGAGUGUGCCCAGUGAGAGGGUGACUUCUCUUUUCUUUCCUGAAGAAGCCCAUUCGUCACCCAUUCUUGAAACCUAAAGAGGAAGAUACUUGAAGGCUUUCUGUUCAGGGGAGAACCCAUUCUCUCUUGCCAACUGAAUUUAUAAAGCAUUAUUUUCCCUACCGAGAUGGCCAGUAUUUUUUUCAUCGUCUUCCUCUCCCACCUCCCAAGCCCAAGACGUGUAUCUUUCAGGAUGCCAUUUUACAUGUGGAAAACAAUCCAUGAAAAUGGGAAGCCUUUCGAAAGCAGGGUCUGAUUUCAUUCCACAGGUGGAGUCUACAUCCACAUUACUGAUGCUUACAACAAGGUGAACGUUGCUAAAAACACAGCCUAACUUAUUUUGUGUGACAUCAUAAAUGACUUUAAUCAGCCCUACAUCAUACUGACAUGUUGGGUGAUUUCAUUUAUUAAAAAGGAAAAAAAAACUACAAGAAUCUCUUUGAAAUAACAUUCUCUGCACCAAACCACUCAUGCAUUCAUGCAUUCAUUCAUCCGUUCAUCCACAUCUGUGGUGAUGCUACCUGUGUGCCAGGCUCGACCCGGGAUAUACUGUAAAUGGCUGAGAACACGCAGACCGAUCCUUGUCCUCCUGGAGCUGACCACUCACCGAACAAAUAAUCCUCAACAUGGCAUCUCCUCUGGCAAGACCCUGCCUCUCUCCAAACACUGCGUUAGAAACCCCCUGCAGAUUCCUCCAGAAAGAUUUCAAAAUGCUCAACAGACUGGACAGCCUCUUGAUCUGUGAGUUCAGCUGCAGCGAGAACUAGAUGGAGUCAUCGUCCGAGAGGCUGGUUGGCGUGAACACCCAGGCCCAGAGCUAUGGUUGGGCAGGCUGCGGACUCGAGGUGGAACGGGAGACAAGGGUCAAAACACACAGUAUUUCCUUCCGAGGCUUUUUGGUUUUAAAUUUCAUGGCUAAAUGCAAGUACAGUAUGAGCAAGAGCUGCAUUUUUGGGGUGUUGAGGACUUGCACCAUGGACCACGUCGGAGUCCCAGGCUGCGCAAGCGUGUGGCCUGUGCACAGCCCCCAAAUCCCUGUUCACAGCAGCAACGCGAUGGGUCAUCUGUCCAUUCCAUAAUCAUUCAUCUCCUUCAUUUCUGAAGGACUACGACCAUUCAGCAGUGAAAUAUUAGUAAUUAAUUUAUUAGUAUGGUAUGAUCUUUAAUAAAUUUCGUGCCAAAAUGCAUGGUUUUUCAAUUAGCAUUCAAAAUGUUGCGUAGAGAGUAGUUUUCAAUUUCUUAUGUAUUCUUCAAAGUAAGUUGAAAAUCAGUUUCUACAUUUUAAUUCGUUUCUUGUUAAAUCUGUUGCACUCUCCUGGGCUGUCUUUUUUUUCCCCCUCCCCAGCAGAACCCCUGCAUGCAGUUGCGUCAGGACUUUCUCUUAAUUCUUGUGAAUUGUCUCACCCACAGUAACUGCUGAACAUCGGCCCCCUGUGGGAUUCUUUAGAUUUUUGGUGAAGUAUUUUGUUACCUCAGUCUUGUAUCAAGUUGCUGUAUUUUUCAGCUUGUUACACUGAUAAUAAUUGUUCACUAAUUAAAUACUUUAAUGUACAAACAUCUUUGUUUACUUUGAAAUUAAAUGUGUUUUCCAAUGAA